GGCGUUCGUGCUCGUGCACAGGAGGCAGGAGAGUACGAAAGGAGCAGCGGGAGCGAGAGAGGCGUAAUUUCCGGUGCGUGCUUACGCUGUGGCGCAAAGAUGGAGUAAUGGUUGACAAACACCUUAAGAAGAGACGGACAGGAAUAUAAAUAUAAAAAGAAAGACUAUGAUGAGGCCAGUGGAAAGACCCAUGUCAAUAUCAGUGCAACUUUCCAGUGGUGGAGAGACGCCCCGGCAGGUGAAAGACCUGAAAACAGACGCGGAGGUUACCCUGUUUCUGCUUAACAGGUCCUCUUUGUCCCUGACAUAAAAGACAUUUUCAAGGAUUAUCUAUUCCACGAUGAUGCAGUGUGUCAGGCUGUCCGCAGUGUCCUGCCCUCGCAGCCCACAGUUCGUUGUCACAUGCUUUGAAGUGGUCUCUUGAAGCCUCAUCUCACCGUCUCCUCAAUGUGGUCACAGAUGACAUUGAGGAUACCUUAGCAGGACUGUGAGCUCGGCCAUCAUUUGCAGGAAAAUGCAUCUUUGGAUUUCAUAUGUUUUGCUAAGUGCAACGUCAGUCUGCACUGUUGAGAUGUUUGGCAGUUAUGGAGACAUAUGUCAAAGACUGUGUGCCUGUGAGGAGAGAGAGGGGAUUCUUACAGUUAGCUGUGAAAACAGAGGAAUUGUAAGUCUCUCAGACAUAAGCCCAGUGUACUUCUCCCAGUAUCAUCUGCUGCUUACAGGGAAUCUUUUGAGAAAGCUGUCUGCCAAUGAUUUUGUUGAGUACAAAGGACUGACAAUAUUACAUCUGGGAAAUAAUGACAUAUCCGAGGUUGAAGCAGGAGCUUUUAAUGGACUUCAGGGAUUAAAACGAUUACAUCUCAACAAUAACAAAAUUGAUGCCUUGAAGGAAGAGUUUUUCUUUGGCCUUGAAAGUCUGGAAUAUCUACAAAUUGAUUAUAAUUAUAUCACUCAUGUGGCGCCAAAUGCCUUCAGCAGACUUCGACAUCUGGAGGUCCUGAUUCUAAAUGACAACUUAAUAUCUACUCUGCCUGUGAACAUUUUUCAGUAUGUACCAUUGACUCAUUUGGACUUAAGGGGGAAUCAGCUCAAAGUGCUUCCCUACUCAGGUCUGCUGGAGCACAUGAACAGCGUCGUGGAGUUACAGCUGGAGGAGAAUCCCUGGAACUGUUCCUGUGAGCUGAUUGCCCUCAAAACCUGGCUCGAGAGCAUUUCUUACACAGCUUUAGUUGGUGACGUUGUUUGCGAGUUCCCUUUCCGGCUUCACGGGAGAGAUCUUGAUGAAGUUUCAAAACAGGAGUUGUGCCCAAGGAGAGCCAUCGCUGAAUAUGAGAUGCCAUCCCUGCCACAUUUGAGCAGUGAUGCAUACUACAGGACCACGCCAGCUCUAGCAACAGCCUCCUUCACCUCGUCUGGGAUUGCACGAUCCUCAUCAAGACCCACUAAGGGACCCCGACAGUCAGGCAAAUUAAAAUCAAGACCCACUGCUCGCAUCCCUUCUAAUAAACCACAAAAUUAUGGCCAAAUUAUUUCAUAUCAGACCAAAUCUCCUGUGCCUUUAGAUUGCCCAACUGCCUGCACCUGCAAUCUUCAAAUUUCAGACCUGGGCCUGAAUGUGAAUUGCCAGGAGCGAAAGAUUGAACAUAUCUCGGACUUAAGACCCAAACCUUACAAUCCCAAAAAGAUGUAUCUCACAGGGAAUUACAUCCCUGUGGUGCGUCGAUCAGAUUUUAUUGACGCAACUGGAUUAGAUUUGCUUCAUCUUGGUAACAAUCGAAUAGCUCGCAUACAUGACAGAGCAUUUGGCGAUUUGACACAUCUAAGAAGACUUUACCUUAAUGGGAAUUUGAUAGACCAUCUUACUGCUGAUAUGUUUUAUGGAUUGGAAAGCCUGCAGUUCUUAUAUUUAGAAUACAAUGUAAUCAAAGAGGUUGCUCCUGAUACCUUUCAGCAUGUACCCAAACUUCAGCUUCUUUUUCUGAACAAUAACCUCUUGAAAACUUUACCAGUGGGAACAUUUAAUGGCUUGACAUUAGCCAGGCUAAAUCUUCGCAACAACCAUCUGCGAUACCUGCCAGUCAGUGGUGUACUAGAUCAGCUUACAGCACUGGUGCAAGUUGAUUUGUUUGAGAAUCCCUGGGAUUGCUCUUGUAGCAUCCUCGAGCUGAAGAUGUGGCUGGAGCAGCUUAGCACAGGCACAGUUGUAAACAAUGUCAUCUGUGGCUCCCCUAAGAAACUAGCUGGGGAAGAUAUGAGAUACAUUAAGACAGCUAAUUUCUGCCCUAAUAACUCUGAUAUACUUGCCUCCAUGAUCCCACCCUCUGAAGAAUCUUUUCCUGGCAGCACUAUCACCAUAGAAACAUCCCUGGACUCUGACACACAAUACAGUGCCAUUCCACUAUCUGUGAUGAUUCUUGCCCUUCUCCUCAUGUUCAUUGUGUCUGUGUUUGUGGCUGCAGGAUUGUUCGUGGCCAUGAAAAAGAGACGUCAAAAAAAUCAAAAUGAGCAGAAUAACUCCAUGAAUGCUUGCAUUAGUUCUCUCAACAUGGAAUAUGGCCUUUACAAAAAGGGAUCCAUUCCCAAAGUCAGAACAUCUGCUGGACAUGUGUAUGAAUAUAUCCCACCUCCCACAGAAUCCACAUGCCGAACUACUGCCCAAACCCCAACGGACAGGAAAUCAGUGGAUGGAUUUAGAGAAUUUGAUGAGUUGAGUGGUGCUUUUCUGGGUAACUCAGAUGAAGAGGCAGUCAGUAAUGUAAUAAGCUCAGAAUACAGUGCCACUACUCCAGAGCCUCUCAACAAGCCCUCCACCCCUCACCAAGAUGAUCCAUGUUACUACAGAGAUGUACUUGAGCCUGACAAGCACAGACGCUACAGCAAUACGUUACCAUGCAGGCAUGCAGCGCAUUCAUCAAGUCAGUAUACCUCAGACUUUGAUGCGAGGCAUCAAUACAUGCACCCAGAGAGAAUACAACAGACAAUACUCUAUUGUACAGCACCAAGUACUGUUUAUGUGGAGCCAAACAGGAGCGAGUACUGGGAACUUAAAGCAAAACUUCAUAUUGAUCCUGAUUACCUUGAGGUUCUUGAAAAACGUACCACUUUUACACAGUUUUAAGAGACUUUGUUCCUUGAUGGUCAGAGUGGCUGCAUUGGUGCAAUGUGUCCAUUUUAAUCAGGAAUCAUGUUUUUAAAAAAAACUGGCAUAACUAUUUUUUUCACCUUUACUAGUACAGUACAAUAUUAUGCAUUUUGGGAAUCCUGAUUUACAGAAUAGGAUAAUAAAGGGGAACACUACUCAUUGCAAAUUAUCAUUUACACUUUAUCCCCAUGGUGUUUAACAGUUUAGUUAAAAUGUGUAAAUAAGAACAAACAACUACAGAUCCAAGGCUCUUAUGACUCAACCCAUCACAAAAAACAUCCUCAAGCGAUUUCAUUGACAACAAUGUGAGACUGAGCUUUUACUCUCAAAUUAGCUGCAUUUCAUAAUUGUCAAUGAAGCGUGCAGACGAUAUGUCCUUAUCCCAAAAUAAACCAGGCUCUUGUUACAGACAUACGUAGGACUCCUGGUUCUGUCUCUUCAAAUGUAUUCAGGCUGAAACUCAUACAUGAGACUAAAUCAAAUGUAUUCUGCAAGUAAAUUUAUCUGUAAAGAUAAGAUAUUGUGCUUUAGUGAAAUAUGGAAUCAUUUAGAGAGAGAGCUAGUGCACAGCUCUGUGAUGGUAAUAUUAAAAGCAUGAGAUCAUGAAACAAAUUCUAAUGUAAUAUCUCAAAUCACUGAUUAUGAGGCCAGUAAAUCUCUGCUCUCGUGUUUGCAGAUGUGGACGAGAAUAAUUAAUGUAUCCUAAAAAUACACUGACUCAACCUACUGCGUGUACUGCAGGGUAAUCUGUGAAAAUCAGUGGUGUUCCCCCAAAGCUUCUUCAUUUCUAAACCAACUGUACAUGUGGAUUUUGGACACAUGUUGCAUUGAGUUGAAUAUUUAAGUAUUGUAACUGUAUUCAGAAAUGUUGUAAUUGAAAGAUUAUAAUCACAACUGUAUUAGAUGUAUUGUAACAGAAAGACAAUUGCACUGUCUGGCAUUUUACAUGCACAUACAGCUUAAAACACGCUUGAUAUUCAUAAUUGAUUAUAACUAUAAUGAGUAUCUUUAUUUGUAUUACUACCAAAGCACUUCAGAAAUCAGCUUAUAAUGUAAGCAAACUUUGACAUCUAGAAGGGCACAGUCCUGACUUAUAUUACACCCUUACCUGUUCUUCUUUCAUCUACAGUUGUCUUCCAGUUGCAAUACAUCUGAGUUGAUUUACAGUACAAUAAGAGUUAGAUACAUCCCCAUAUUCCUCUGUUUGAAAUUCAGCUGAAAAGCUUUAAAAUUUUAUGUGAGUGUCAGGCCCAUAUAGACAUAUUUUAAAUGACUGUAUAUUUUUAUACAAAUAUGGAUAUUGAGUUUUUUUCUGUUCUUUCUUUUCUUUUUCUUUUGGAAAAAAAUGCACUAUUGACUUCUACAGUUCAACGAUGAUGUCACUUUAUGAAAUGCACAAUAUGGUUAACACGUGCAUAUAGCCAUAGAAGUAGGUUUGAUAACUGCAUACAUACAAAUAACACAUGUUGAAAAGAUAUUGCACUAUGCAUAGAAAUAGACUAUACUUAGACAAUCUGUACAAAAUGCCCACAGCUCAUCAUUUUUCUAAAUUUCGUAUAAUUUUAAUUACAUGUGUUUUCAUGGGAAUACUGAGUGGAUUUGUACAUACUGCAUUACAAUGAAAACAGUCUAAUUACUUUGCAUUGUUUGUCUCUUCUUUUUGGAGCAGGGUUGUAUGAAAUCUGGCAAUUUGGCUUAAUUAGCAGUCUUUGUUCCUCCAUUUUUAAGGAGGGAUUGAUGGGUACUGUUACAUAUGUGUGAAAGGGUGCAAGAGCUUUAGCUAUUAGAUUGAAAAGCACAACAAAUGAAUGCAGCAGCUGAAUGGAUAGAGUCAUUUUUAUGCAUGAAAAUGUUCUAUGCUCUAAAGGAAAGUAAGCACAUCAUCCAGUCAUAAUGCAGUCUAACCAAUUUCUGGGUCAAUAGUGUAAGCCAAGAAAUGUGACUUUCCCUGAGAGUUUAAUACACAGUGCAAAUUCACAUCAUAUGCAGUAUUAUACACUGAACCUGUCAUCUUUACUCAGCUAAUUAGAGGACAUGGUGUAUCUGGACCCUGUCAGUAUGUCACCAAGUAUUACACAGCAGCAUUAGUCACGCUGUUUAUGCAGGAUACAGUCUUGGUUUGUUGCCUCUCACAUGUUCAGAGUCAUUUUUUGAUUAUUUUGUCACUUGUCUCUGCUCUUUGGAAAUUCCUAAGAAUAAGUGAGAUGAAAUCUACACAGUGAUGCAUGAUGUAAACCUGCACAGGUUUGUACAUUGCAACGUGUUACAUGUUGGAUUUUUUGUAUCAAUAUGUUGCUGUGAAUUUAGUGGUGAAACACUGUAAACCUGCAAACAUGCACAGACAGGCACACUCAAAAUUGUCUUUUAUCGUUAUCGUUUAUCUUAACAAAUAAUGUAGUUUGCCAGAGGAAAAUUAAUUACGAUUUUAUUUCUAAGAAUCUUGCAAAAGUAACUGUGUAAUGGAAACACAGCAUUUAUUGUAUAUAAAAGCAAUUUGUGAUAAUGUCUUCUCUCUUUCACUUUAUUGUAUCAAUGACCAAAUGCAGUUAUUUCUUUUUGUCAAACGUGAGACGACAAAUACUGAUAAUCCAAAAAUAUGUAAAAUUGAAAUGUGACUGUCCUGUGUAUAUGUGCAAAAGUUUAAUUUGCAAAGAAGAUGAGGUCCAGUCAGUGUCUUAUUCUUAUUCCAAUUGUUAUUUUUGCUUUUGUUUGCUUGGUUUACAUAUGAAACAGAAUUUCUAUGUCAACCUCUAAUCUGUAAAUAGAACGCUUCAUCAGCAUUUCCAUGCAAACUUGCAUCAUCUCUGAAAAGCAAAAACCUAGGUCUCAUACUUCAAAAACACAGUCCAACUAGGAAUAUGUGGGGUAAAUAUAUCUAGAGUGUGCUGUUUCUUUAGUUGUUAGCUGAUGAAUAAAAGAUAUGCAUUCAUUUGA